UGCCUUUUUUUUUCUCCCUUCCCCCUCCCCCCUCCCCCUCCCUUAAGCCUGAGGGGUCCUGAGGUGACUGCGAUUGCUAACCGCGACUCCAGCACGAGAAGAUGGACAGGGGGAAAGCUGGACGGCGGCGAUGUUCCUCCGAAAUUGUCACAGAAGGAAAAAGGAAAAAACCUCCAUCUUCUGAGUUACAUAAGAGAAGAAAGAUGUUAAAUCCAAAAUCAGAGGAUGUUCAUGUUCAGUCACCCAAACUCAGAAGCUCAGAACGCUGGAAUCCUUUGCAGUGGAAAAGAAGUCUAAGAAAUAAGGUUCCGUCUUUAGACCAUAAAAGUAAAAAAGGUGUCCGUGGGUGUCCUGUGAAUUCUAGGACAUCACCAGAAAGGCAACUCAAAGUUAUGUUGACGAAUGUCCUAUGGACGGAUUUAGGACGAAAAUUCAGAAAGACCCUACCUAGAAACGAUGCUAAUUUAUGUGACGCCAACAAAGUGCACUCAGACUCAUUGCCUUCGACAACUGUUGACAGCCUAGAGACAUUUCACAAAUUAGAACCUCUUCACCAAAGCCUUAAUUUAUCCAAAAGGAUACCCAGAGUUAUGUUGACGAAUAUCCUGGGAACGGAGCUAGGAAGAAAAUACAUACCGACUUCACCUAUAAUUCAGGCCAGUUUGGGUGAUACAGACAACCUGAAACCAGAGCAGCUUUCUGUACCUGAUGGCAGCCUAGAAUCUUGUCAAAAUAUUAAUUCUUCCAAGAUCUCAUUUUUAACUAAAAGGGUCUCACAACCAAGUAAAACAGUAGAUACUAAUUAUGCAAAUCAGGUACAUACUAAAGAAAAGCGAAGAGAUGAUGCCAUUUCUCAUGUAGUGUCUGAAUUUCAAUCUAAAGAUCUUAAUAAUAGAAGUACAGGUAGUGAUUAUCCUGAAGAGGUGAACAGAAGAAACAAGGACAAUAGAAAUUCUGAUUCUAAAAUGGAACCCAUUGUGAUUUCCAGGAAAAGACCUUUGAAAAGGCUUCAAAAUAAUUUACCUGAUUCUCAUUCAACUUCUUUGUAUGAAUCUGCAGAACAAACAAAAGAUCAACAGAAUGACACUACAGAAUCUGCUGAUUUUGAAAUACCAAGUGAAAAUUAUCAAGACCCAAAGCUGCUUGAAGAAACCACACCUGAACCUGUAGAAAGUGAUUUCACUAAACUGUCACCAUUUAAUAAUGAGACACUGACUUUGAGUGUUGAUCCCAGAAGCACACCUGACUGUUCAACCACUGAAAUUUUUGAGAAUUCUGUUUCCAUCGAAACUGUUAGGAAAUCUGCUCUGGUUACGAAGGAUGAAAAUGAGUUGGACACAGUAGAAAAGCCGAUUUUAAGUGAACACAGUGAAGGAAAUGAGUUGUCGGUUUCUGCUGAACCAAUUGUGGUUUCCAGUGAUGAAGAAGGGCCGGUUGAACAUAAAAUUCCAGAAAUUCUUAAAAUACAAAUUGGACAUGACCAUGUCAUCACUAAUGAAAAUGAGAACACUUCUGAAUUGUCAGAACUGUCCUCGAUGACAUGUGAAUCUAUACAGGUUUCAACUGAAUUAUGUCCAUAUAACCCUGUCAUGGAAAAUAUUUCCCGUAUAACACCUAACAACGAGAUGGAUUUACAAUUGGAUUUUAUGUUUACUUCUGUUUAUAUUGGUAAAAUAAAAGGAACUUCUAAAGGUUAUGUUACAUUCACAACAAAGUAUAUUAAGAUCCCAUUUCAAGUGUCCCUGAAUGAAGUUUCAUUGCUUGUAGAUACAGCACAUUUAAAAAGAUUUGGAUUAUGGAGAAGUAACAGUGAUGAUCCCAGUAAAAAGAGUCAUGCUAUCCUUUUCCUCUGGGUUUCUUCAGAUUAUCUUCAAGACAUUCAGAUUCAGUUAGAAAACUCUCUAUUAAGCCAACAAUCAAAAUCCAGUGAGUUCAUUUUCCUUGAAAUUCACUAUCCUUUUUCACAAAGUGAAGAAUUCAAGUUGAAAGAUAUUAUGACAGAAAUAAGUUCAAUCAAUGGAGAUACAGAGCUUUCAUAUCCCUUGUCUUGGGUUCAGGCAAUUCCUUUAUUUCAGAAUAUUUCUUCCAAAGAAAGUUCUUUUGUUCAUUAUUACUGUUUUUCAACUUGUUCUUACCCUGCUACUGCUGAAGAAGAAAUGAAGAUGAAACUAGCACCUCAGUCUUCAAGUAUAGAUGUAGCCAAGCCGACUUAUACCUUCCUUCAGAAACAAAGCAGUGGUUGCUAUUCACUUUCUAUUACAUCUAGUCCCGAUGAAGAAUGGCAAGAAGUGAGGCACAGUGGAUCUGUUCAGAAGUUGAUUGUAUAUCCUCCGCCACCUACUAAAGGGGGACUAGGAGUAACUAGUGAAGAUCUGGAGUGCUUAGAAGAAGGAGAAUUUCUUAAUGAUGUGAUCAUUGACUUCUACCUUAAGUAUCUUAUAUUGGAGAAGGCAUCAGAUGAACUUGUUGAACGUAGUCACAUUUUUAGUAGUUUUUUCUAUAAAUGUUUGACGAGAAAGGAAAAUAAUUUAACAGAAGAUAAUCCAAGUCUUUCAAUGGCACAGAGAAGACAUAAAAGAGUAAGAACAUGGACUCGUCAUAUCAACAUCUUCAAUAAAGAUUAUAUUUUUGUGCCUGUAAAUGAGUCGUCUCACUGGUAUCUUGCAGUCAUUUGCUUUCCAUGGUUAGAAGAAGCUGUGUAUGAAGAUUUUCCACAAACUAUAUCCCAGCACACCCAGACUCAGCAGUCCCAACAUGACAACAAAGUGAUAGAUAAUGACCUACAUAAUACUUCAUCACUAUCCCUGAGUACAGAGGAGUCCCAAAGUACUGAGAUGAAUAUGUCAGUACCAAAGAAAAUGUGUAAAAGGCCAUGUAUUCUCAUACUAGACUCCUUGAAAGCUGCCUCUAUACAAAACACAGUACAGAAUUUACGAGAGUAUUUAGAAGUUGAGUGGGAAGUAAAACGAAAAACUCAUCGUGAAUUCAGUAAAACAAAUAUGGUGGACCUAUGCCCUAAAGUUCCUAAACAAGAUAAUAGCAGUGAUUGUGGAGUAUAUUUACUUCAAUAUGUGGAAAGCUUCUUUAAGGAUCCUAUUGUUAACUUUGAACUCCCAAUUCAUUUGGAGAAAUGGUUUCCUCGUCACGUCAUAAAGACCAAACGGGAAGACAUUCGGGAACUCAUUUUGAAACUUCACUUACAGCAACAGAAGAUGCAGCAGUAGCUAGUUAAUCUGUACAAAUAUGGCACAGAUGUUCUAUACGAUUACUGGAAAGCUGCUUACCAGCAUUUGUGUUAGCAGGCUCACAGAGAAGAAAAUAGCCUGCAGUCCUUUUAUAAGUCAUUGCUAUUUCAGAUAUGUAAGAUAAUAUUAUUAGAAUUGUUGGCGUCUCUUAAAUGGAAUGGAAAUGAGGUUGACACAAAUUUACUAGAUAGAAAUUAAAAUUUCAUAAAUAUUUGAUAUUUUUCUGAUAAAUAUGCUUGGAUUAUGCAAUACCAUAUGUAAUGUGGGAAUGUUUUGUAGAUAAUAAAAAUACGUGAUCUGUACUUCCACAUAACUGGGAGUUGAGGGAGUUAGGUCCUCCCUGGUGCCAGCCCCAGUGCUUGUCAAAUUUGUUGACAAGUCACAUUAUAAUGUAAUUCUAUUCUUUGCAGCUCAAGCAUGCAGUAUGAAUACUGUGUAUUUUUUUUUUAAAUAAUUUAGUAUUAAGGCUUCAGAAAAUGCCAUUUACGGCAUUCCUUCUGUAUAGUGUAAAAGAAACCAUCAUGUUAGGAAGAUGACAAAGAUUCAUUCUUUCAAAACAUAGCUUACUUUUGUCAGUUGCUAAAUGAAAUUAUUGCUCUGUCCUUAUUGUUUCUCCCCCAUUUCUUUUACUGUCAUAUCAUGAGAUAAUAGUGUUUCAUUCUGGGUGGAAUUUGGAACAAAAAAGUUAACUGUCUAAAGUAUGUUUCUUUUAAAAAAAAUUACAUAUAUAGCUCAUCGUAGUUUAUUUGCAGUAUAUAUGCACAUACAUAUUUAUAUAUAUACCAACUUUCGCGUUGUCCAGAAUAUAUGUACACAGUUUGUAUAAGUAUAGAUGAUAAAAUUGUCAUCCUUAUGAUUUUAAUUAAAGAUACAGUCAAAGUCAUAUUUAUUAAUUGUUGUAACUAAACAUAUAAUUUUGUAGCUCUGUUUAUCCAAUAUUCAUCAACAAGAAAACAAUUUGCUCUCAUUGUUUUUAUAUAUUUUUAAAUUGUAGGGUGAUCUAUGAUCCCCAUGGAGCUUAAUAUUUUCUGAAAUGUUCAGGUAACAGUUCUGAAUCUAUGUGAUGGUAGUGAUAUUAUUUAUGACUAAACAUUUCACAACCUUUUAAUAUUAUUAGGAAUAAUUUGAGGGGAUGAUUAUAUAUUCUUGGAUAAGAAAAAUGUUAAUAUCUUACAUAUUUUAAAAGAUAUUUUAGAUUUUCUGUUUUAAACAUCUCAGAUUUAUAUUGUAACUGUAUAUACAGCAGUGAAACAAGGACAAUUUAAGAUUAAACUAAAGGUUGAGAUAAUUUAUUUCAAAAUCAUGUGAAUCAAGAGUGUUAGCUAAGCUUCAGUAUCCUUAGGGUUUUCUUAAUCUUGUCACUAUCUUUUAUCUUGUUAGAUAUUUUAAUUAUUUGGGUAUUUCCUAUAAAGAUGGCUAUAAUUAAAUGUUUAAUUCCAGUUUGUGUUUAUGGGGGGACUUUUGACGUUACUGUUAAUUUUGUGUAUGUAAUUUUGGGAAAUCAGAUAUAUAAUAUAUCUUGUAACAUUUUUAACUUUUUGUUUGUUUUUUUUUCAAUGUUACCAUUGUCCUUCAUCAUGUUUGAAAUUUGCUUAAAAUUCAUUUUCCUAAAUUCAUGUAGAAAUAAUGCAUUGAGAUUUUUAUAUUAAACAUGUUCCCAGUUCA